UGAGUAUCUUGCUGAGCAAUAGUCAGCCACAACACCGGGGAGGCACGCAGCACGUCACUGCCACAGAGUACUCCAAAGAAUUCCAUGAUACGGCUAUGAAUGGCAUACGCAAGAAAAUGGACAGCAUGACCAUCUUCCAAAGGAAGGACGCCCUAUACAAACAAAACGAUCGAAGAGCCCCGGGCAGAAAACGGUAA